CUAAAUUGGUGACCCCGAAUCCGGAUCAACCUCCGCGCCGGAUAUUUGGAACUUUUCUCUGGUGAGCUCGUUCCAUUUAUUUUUCAUAUUUUCCGGUUUUAUUUUUGCAUACGGUAGCCUAUUUUUUGCGUCAUUCUUUUAAACCAUGGAAUCUGUAGGCCAUAACGUAGAGUCUCUACUUAGUGUUGUAUCUCUCUCUGUUCCACCUUUUUGGGACAUGGAUCCUCUUUUGUGGUUUGCUCUUCUUGAGGCUGAGUUUUACAACCACAGAAUCACUUCCGACUACGCGAAGUAUUGCAAGCUCCUGUCCUAUCUCCCCAAGGAGAUAUCAACGCAGGUUCGUGACGUUAUCAUUUCUCAGACCGAAAACCACUAUGAGGCUCUCAAGGAGGCCACGAUUAAGCGUGUUAUGCCCUCUGAGAAAGUUCGCCUGCAGCAGCUUUUCAGGGAUCUGCAAUUGGGCGACAAACUGCCCUCAACCCUGCUACGCGAGAUGCAGCAACUCCUUGGUUCAUCAACCAUGGACGAGACUUUACUUCGCGAACUAUGGCUACAACGGCUACG